AUGGACCUAACGCUGGAAGAACUGCAGGAUCUGAUCACCAAAGAUGAACUGAAAGUAAAAACGGAGGAUGUCGUCUUUGAAGCCCUCAUGAAAUGGAUGGAGCGCGACCCCAAUCAUCGUAGGCAGUACCUCACCACCUACUGCCUAAGGCCUCCCGUCGUCAUGUCCAGCUCUGUUUCCCUCAAGGAGAUUUUGAACUCGGCCAUAGGUUCUCCUGAACUCGGGGCCGUCCACUUCAAUGCCCUCCACUUUCUGCUCCAUGGUCUCCUGGAUCACCUACAGCUUGGGCAUGUACAAAGACAACUGUCCCCGGAAGAGAGGGGGUUCAUCCAGCCGGGGUCAAUUCAAGUGGAGGACACCAGCAGACCAUCCACUUUCUUCCACCAGCUACAGGAGAAAGUAUCUAAGAUGGAGGCCAGACUUCUCCAGCUAGACUCUCUGCCCAGCUCUACCAGCCUUCUGCAAGAUAAACAUUCAGGAGAUGGAGAAGAGACUGCAAGGCCUGGAGGGGCAGACGCACAACAUUCCACUGCUGAUGGAAAAGACGAUAAGACCUUCCAAGAGCAGACAUUACCAAUCAAUUAUGUGUUUAUUACAAAAUGUAGUUAUUGUUUUAUUAAAUAG